GAUCGGGAGGGCUCUACUACACCGAGAAGGAGAUUGAGUGAGUACGUCAGUACAUCAGAGAACAGCCCGAAGGGACGCUCGAGAAGGAAGAAGUGGCCAGUCCCUUAAAAUAUCAAGACAAAACGUUGGAAAACGAGAGCUUGUUGGUUUUCCCUCAGUUAGUGCAUUUACAGGUGACACCGGAGCAUGUCACUAUGACAACGUUCGGACUUUACAUAGUAGCCUUCAUCAUCUCAGUAGGCGCUCAAUAGAUAACUUAAUAAUCGCACGAGUCGUUAAGGACUGUCAAUUGUCAAUCCUAGAAGAAGAUCGAGGAAGACAUGGAACAGAGACUUGGUACAAUGAUCAGCUAGCGUCUUAUGUACCCAAUCCACAAGAUUAGAGGAGAAACCGAAGACAGCAGCACACCUGGAGCGGCUCGAGCAGAAUGGAUUUCAGCACCAUCCGGAACCUCAUCACUAGAUACUGUACAGGAGAGGAGAACUGGGUGGACAGCAGGACGGUUUAUAUUGGACAAAAAGAGCCUCCGCCAGGAACAGAAGCGUACAUUCCGCAGAGAUUUCCUGACAACAGAAUCGUCUCCUCAAAGUAUACUUUCUGGAAUUUUAUACCGAAGAAUCUCUUUGAGCAGUUCAGAAGAAUCGCCAAUUUCUAUUUUCUGAUCAUCUUUCUAGUGCAGCUGAUCAUUGACACACCCACCAGUCCUAUGACCAGCGGUCUGCCUCUUUUCUUUGUCAUCACUGUUACAGCCAUUAAACAGGGCUAUGAAGACUGGAUAAGGCACAAAGCGGACAACGCUAUAAACCAAUGUCCAGUCCACGUCAUCCAGCAUGGCAAAGUCGUACGCAAACAGAGUCAAAAGCUACGGGUGGGUGAUAUUGUCCAGGUGAAGGAGGAUGAGACGUUUCCGUGUGACCUCAUACUGCUCUCCACCAGUAGAGAAGACGGGACAUGUUUCGUCACAACAGCCAGCUUAGAUGGAGAGUCCAGCCAUAAGACCUAUUAUGCAGUUCAGGACACAAAGGCAUUCAACACAGCAGAGGAGGUGGACACACUGCAUGCCACGAUAGAAUGCGAACAACCCCAGCCGGACCUUUACAAAUUUGUGGGACGCAUCAAUAUUUAUUUGGAUCGUGACGAACCUAUCGCGAGACCCCUGGGUUCUGAGAACCUGCUGCUGCGUGGAGCCACACUGAAAAACACUGAAUACAUACAUGCUGUGGCCAUCUACACAGGCAUGGAAACCAAGAUGGCCCUCAACUACCAGUCCAAGUCUCAGAAACGCUCCGCUGUUGAAAAGUCAAUGAAUGCCUACCUGAUUGUGUACCUCUGCAUUCUGAUCAGCAAAGCUCUGAUCAAUACGCUCCUCAAGUACGUCUGGCAGGCCGACCCAAACCGAGAUGAGCCCUGGUACAACCAGAAAACUGAGACCGAGAGGCAACGGCAUGUAUUAAUCCGGGCAUUCACAGAUUUCCUGGCCUACAUGGUUCUGUUCAACUACAUCAUUCCCGUGUCCAUGUACGUUACCGUGGAGAUGCAGAAGUUCUUGGGCUCGUACUUCAUCCUGUGGGACGAUGACAUGUUUGAUGAGGAGCUCGGAGAGCGACCGCUCGUCAAUACCUCAGAUCUUAAUGAGGAACUUGGACAGGUGGAAUAUGUCUUCACAGACAAGACUGGCACUUUGACAGAAAAUAACAUGGAGUUGAGGGAAUGCUGUGUGGACGGGCAUGUGUAUGUGCCGCAUGCCAUCUGUAACGGGCAGAUCUUACCUGGAGCUGCAGGAAUGGACAUGAUCGACUCCUCUCCGGGCAUAGAUGGAAAGGAGCGAGAGGAGCUGUUUUUCCGUGCAUUGUGCCUGUGUCACACAGUCCAGGUGAAGGAAGAGGAGACGGUGGAUGGCAUUAAGAGAGGAAUCCAUCAGGGCAAAUCCACCUCCUUCUACAUAUCCUCCUCUCCAGACGAGGUUGCGCUGGUGGAGGGAAUGAAAAGGUUGGGCUUCACCUAUCUCCGUCUGAAGGACAGUCACAUGGAGAUCCUUAACAGAGAUGAUGAAAUGGAAAGAUUUGAGCUGUUGGAAGUAUUGAACUUUGAUUCAGUGAGGAGGAGAAUGAGUGUAAUCGUAAGAUCAAGCUCAGGAGAGUACUACUUGUUCUGUAAAGGUGCAGAUUCCUCUAUUUUCCCACGGGUGGUUUCUGGGAAGGUGGAGCAGGUCAGAGCGCGAGUAGAGCACAACGCUGUGGAGGGUUUACGGACUCUCUGUGUGGCUUAUAAGAAGCUGACUCAUGAGGAGUAUGAGAAAACGUGCCAUCUCCUCAACAGCGCUAAACUAGCUCUGCAGGAGCGUGACAAGAAACUGGCUGAAGCUUAUGAUGUCAUCGAAAAGGAUUUCAUCCUGCUGGGAGCCACGGCUGUGGAAGAUAGGCUGCAGGAUAAAGCGGCCGAUACCAUCGAGUCCCUGCACAAGGCUGGUAUGAAGGUUUGGGUUCUCACAGGGGACAAAAUGGAGACGGCAGCAGCCACAUGCUAUGCUAGCAAGUUGUUCCAUCGCAAUACACAGAUCCUGGAACUGACAACCAAGCGGACCGAAGAGCAGAGUCUCCAUGACGUCCUGUUCGACCUGAGCAGGACUGUCCUGAGACAGCAUGGCGGCAUGACCAGGGACACUUUCUCAGGGCUCUCGGGUGAUUGCCAAGACUAUGGUCUCAUAAUCGAUGGGGCAACACUGUCAGCUGUACUGAAGCCAACACAGGAAGGAAACAGCAGCGGAGGGAACUACAAGGAAAUAUUCCUGGAAAUCUGCAGGAACUGCAGUGCUGUUCUCUGCUGCCGCAUGGCACCCUUACAGAAAGCACAGAUUGUUAAAAUGAUUAAAGCAUCAAAAGAACACCCCAUUACGCUGGCCAUCGGGGACGGAGCCAAUGAUGUCAGCAUGAUUCUGGAAGCUCACGUGGGCAUAGGGAUCAUGGGUAAAGAGGGGCGUCAGGCGGCCCGUAACAGCGACUAUGCAAUUACCAAGUUCAAACACCUGAAGAAGAUGCUCCUGGUUCACGGCCACUACUACUACAUCAGAAUCGCUGAGCUGGUCCAGUACUUCUUCUACAAGAAUGUGUGCUUCAUCUUCCCUCAGUUUCUCUAUCAGUUCUUCUGUGGCUUCUCUCAGCAGCCACUGUACGACACGGCAUAUCUGACCCUGUACAAUAUCAGCUUCACCUCGUUACCCAUCCUCCUCUACAGUCUGAUGGAGCAGCACAUCAACAUGGACAUCCUCAAAAGGGACCCCUCUCUAUACAGAGAUAUUGCCAAGAACUCCCUCCUGAGAUGGUCCACCUUCAUCUACUGGACAUUUCUGGGGGUUUUUGAUGCCAUGGUCUUCUUCUUUGGUGCUUUCUUCCUUUUCGACAACACAACCUUCACCAGCAACGGACAGCUAAUGGCCACCAACACACAGAUGAUGUUUGGAAACUGGACCUUUGGAACACUUGUGUUCACUAUUCUCGUGUUCACGGUCACGCUAAAGCUUGCCCUGGACACACAUUACUGGACGUGGAUCAACCACUUUGUCAUAUGGGGGUCACUGCUUUUCUAUGUCAUCUUCUCCCUCCUGUGGGGAGGCAUCAUUUGGCCUUUCCUGAACUAUCAGAGGAUGUACUAUGUGUUCAUGCAGAUGUUGUCCAGCGGUCCUGCGUGGCUCAGUAUAAUUCUGCUGAUUAUAGUCAGUUUGCUGCCUGAUGUGGUGAAGAAAGUGCUGUGUAGAGCUCUAUGGCCCACCACCACAGAGAGAAUACAGGAUGCUGAUAAGUUGUAUAAGGGGCACCUGUCCGAGUUCACUCCCCUGUCCUCCCUCCAUGCUCCACCUGCGCGAAAACAUGACAGACGGGGCAACCAAAGCCAGAACCACACCCACCGCAGAACAAACUGGUGUUGCUUUUGUGCAAACCUGUUAUCGAGGAACACUCCAUAGGCUGCGAUUGUCUUUGUCCGAUUGCAUUGUAAGUGGCUGAAUUUGGCCAUUUCUGCUGCUGCACUGUACUAGAGUGAACUAGGUGUGUGUGUGUGUGUGUGUGUGUAGGCCUUUGUUAGAACAACUAUGAAAAGACAAAUUGUAACUGGACUGUCAUUAUGUUUCACCCUUUACCUUUCAAAAAGGUGGAAAUCCACUCGCAUUCUACUCUUCCAAAGUUUCUAAAACCAUUGACGUUGUGUCAUCAUGACAACCAGUUACUCUGUCCUAGCUGCUUGACCAUUUGCUUUAAAAUUCUCUAGUUCCCUAUAAUCAGUCCUUUAGUUUUUGUUUUUUUUAGAGUAGAACCAGAUAUACAACUCUAAAGGCUACGCUAGCCAUCUUAGCUUAACUGUUCUGCCUUAAUGUUAAUGUUUCCCAUCUUUUACACCACAGUUUGGAACCAAAGGUUGUAAACCAAGUGAAAUACGGAGUGUAUAAAUGUGUGUUAGUUGCCUUAUGCUUAAAGAGAAAAGGAGGGAAGGUGUUUGAUGGCAUUCCCAAGAAUCCCACCACACUGCCUUAAGUUGACAUUGCACCAGCUGAGGAUGGAGAGCGAUAAAUGUAGUAUUCGACAUCUUCCAGUGCCACCAACACACAGCCCAGGGCUCCUGAGGGAAAAAAACAAAACAAUAAAAUGUAACAUUUCUGUUGGCG